CGACACGGCAGUUACUGUGCGUCUUCCACCUGUUUUGCACGAAGAUUUGAGCUUAUUUUCUUUUCACGCACUGUCCUUUACUUUCGUCGUUUUCUAUUUCAUCGCUCCUUCUUAACAUUUUAUUGAACAAUGCACACAUGGAGCCUGGACGUGGUGCCGCUGCUGGUGCACCUGCUGUGCGCGACGGUGUGGGCGUACCCGCGGGGCGGUCCCGGCGGAGGGGGCGGGGCCGCGAAGGGCUACCCGGUGGGCGGGCUGCCCCUCCCCCUCUCGGCGGAGGACUCGGUGGCCCCGCAGGAGCCGAGCUGCGACGAGCUGCGCACCAUGUGGCGGCUCUCCAAGCGGCAGGCCCGCGCCGCCGAGAUCACCAACACCAUCCCCGGCUUCAAGGACCCGUUCGCCUACAACGAGUGGGAGGCGCCUGCCGCGGGGGCGGGGCCCGGGGCUCCGCACGACCCCGCCUCUGGGCCGCAGCUCCGCCUCGCCGUCGGGCGCCCCGUCUACUACGGCAAGAUGCUCUACGCCCCCGGGCCUCAGGCCAUGUCCUUCCGCAACGCCGAGAAGUCCAAGGCCUUCAGCGAGUACUUCGGCACGCCGCAGUAUUUCCCGCAGCCUAAUAUCAAGGCCACUAAAAAUCUCUUUCGACUGGGUGUGGGGGGCUCGAAGGGGGGUCCGGGGCUGAUGGCCCAGUCGACGGGGAGCUUCGCGCAGCUGAAGGACCUGAUCAAGAAGGAGCGGGCACGGGAGCUGUACGACCAGCGACUGCGCGAGGAAGGCAAGUCCCGGGCGCAGACGCUCAAGCAGAUGGUCGCCAGCAAGUUCGGUCUCGUCGACGACCCCUACUACCGGAGCCGGGACAGCGACCCCCACCCGCCCACCUACGGCCAGGUCGUCAAGUCCGUCUCCCAACCAAGUUCCUUCGUCAACAGUAGAUCCGCACCUAGCUACAUGAGUGGGUGGUGAGGAAGCGAACGACUGUCGACUCUUUUUACUUCAUUUCUUGAAAGCAAACGCGCACGCAGCCUAGGUAUGACUGAAUAGUUUACUUCCUUUGUUAUGAUAAAUGAUCAAACAAGGCUUUGUUAAUAGUGUCGAAUAUAUUUUCGUUUCAGUCCCCCCUCCCUGGUUCUUUUCGUAUUUUUAUUUUUGUUGUUGUUGUUAUUAUGAUCUCUCCUCCUUUUUUAUCAGUCAAAGUUUAUUUUUUUUAACGCUUCAUUUUGAAUCGGUGAGUUUACCUUUAAUCUAAGAUCUCUAUGUCUUCAAAUCUCAAUCUGUUUGUAAUGACUUAUUUUUUUAUCGCUCUCUAUCAUUGUAAGUACUAAGUUGCCGAGCUAAGGAAGAACGCCGGAUGAACCUUCGAGAGUUGCCAAAUUUCUCUUGAUAAAACAUGUAUUUUUA